UCAGCAGUUCCAUUUCAAACCGUGUCUCAGUCGCUUCGGAUUUUGUCUGUCAAAAGUUGAUCCAGAUCGUGUGGCUACCCAUCAUCUUCAAAGGAGAAGAAAAAAAGGCAUUGUGCAGAAUUUCAACCCAUUCCCCAUCGAGGAUUCCAGUGUUGGCAAUCGUGAGAGGGAUUGGAAGUGGCUUGUCCUUGCCUUCCUGCAGACGGUCGUGUUGUGUGGACAGUUCUAAAUAUCCUAACGGUGCACCGGAGCUUUCGAAACUUCCGGCCCUUUCAACUCACCCCAAUAAAAUUCGAUCCACCGCGAGUGAUUCGUCGUCGUGUAGUGUGUGUGAUUUUUAUGGGACGGCCGCAAACGCCUUGUUCGAGUUCCGGAUUUCUGUGGUUGGCUGCUGCUGCUUCUGCUUCUGCAUGCAAGUUGGAACAUUAACCCGACAGCUCGUAAGCUCGUGUCAACCAAAGACAACGAAUGCAGUCCGAAUGUACGUAGUGAUUGGCAGGAUCAAGAGUGAUACACUGUGUCUGUAAAACGUGUCGUUUACCAACCAGAAUCGUUCCACUUCGGGACGAAUGAAAACGCCGGAAACGUGUAUAUUCUGGUAACUUUCCACGAGAACUGGUAGCCCAUUAUUAGCUCCUUCAAACACUUUCGAGAGCUCUCGGCUGCUUGAAUCAAGAAAACCAAAAGAUCUGAUUUCAUCUUAUCCCGGAUAAGCCAAGUGACGCCUGGCUGUGGACGUGCCCCUGGAACCCGGUUGUCCCAUCUUCCAGCAUUGUGUUCUUGCCUGUCUGCUAACCACCACACGGUUAGAGAGUGGGAUAUCUUAAAGGAAAAUAAAAGAGGCAGCUCGUGUAAAUCAUAACAGCGAUCGGUCGCGUUCGUUCGCGUUUGAGGGUGUGCGCGUGUGUGUCCGCGACUGUGCCUGGUUGCGCGUGUCCGUCCGUCCGCUGAUCGUGUUCAGCUCAGCUUUUAGCUUCUUUCUAUCCGCGCACCGCUAAUUUGCCGGCCUAGGUCUUUUUUCUGCAGCUAAAGGCCUUCUCCUCCCCCUCCGGGUAUUAUUGCUAAUUCCAGUGAUAUAGGCUUCCUUUUGGCGGACGAAGAUCGGGGAUAGAAUUGGAAUAUAUUCGCCACUUUAGUCCAGCGAAGCUUGUUUGCGUGUGAGUUGGUACGAAUUAGUACGUGGGUCAGUGGAUUUGAUUUCUGAAUUCCGUAUUCCAAUCACACAUAUCAUCUACUCGGUGUUGUGUAUCAGCAGUUAGUGGUGGGCUUGUGUUGAGUUAGAAUUUUUUUUCGGUAAAUUGAUACAGCCGCUUCUCGUCGAUCGAGUGCUCUAAAUGGAAGAGUGCUGCUUGAAAUCAGGAGUUCAAUUAGGAUACUAAUUAAAAUAUCCCGGACGCCGGUUCGGCUUCUGUGGCCACUUCCUCCGCUCGUGUGGGACCAAGGGGGGCACGCCAGCCGGUGGAGGAGGUGGAGGUGGUGGUCCAAGGCUUCGGCGGAGGCGGAGGAGGCGGGUGGUUCGGGGUACAGGGUCGUCCAUUAAGCGGAGGGGCAGCAGAAGACAGGGGGUUCGCGGCAGGGCAGCAGGGCGCCCAAAUUCGGAUUGCGGUCCGACUGAACUUCAUCCCCCAGGAGCCGCCCAUUCUGCCAUGCCGGGUAGCCGUUCCAGCCAAAACGAAACCGAGCACAACAAGUCCCCUAGAGAGAGCGGUGAGGAUUCGGAGGAUGAAAGUGAAAUUCUAGAGGAAAGUCCGUGCGGAAGAUGGCUAAAACGGAAGGAAGAGGUCGAGCAACGCGAUGUCCCCGGCAUCGAUUGUGCACAUUUGGCGAUGGACACCGAGGAAGGUGUCGAAGUUGUCUGGAACGAGGUGCAGUUUUCCGAGAGGAAGAAUUUCAAAUCUCAAGAAGAAAAAAUACAACUAGUAUUCGAAAACCUAACACAGUUAGAGCAUCCAAAUAUAGUCAAAUUUCAUCGUUAUUGGACGGAUACGCAUAACGAUAAGCCUAGGGUAAUAUUUAUAACGGAAUAUAUGUCCUCUGGUUCCCUGAAGUAUUUUCUCAAACGAACUAAGAAGAACGUUAAGAAACUUCCACUGCAAGCAUGGAAGCGGUGGUGUACUCAAAUUUUAUCAGCACUUAGUUAUUUGCAUUCCUGUUCGCCGCCAGUAAUUCACGGCAACUUAACCUGUGAUACAAUAUUUAUUCAACAUAAUGGUCUAGUUAAAAUUGGUAGUGUAGCUCCAGAUGCCAUUCAUCAUCAUGUAAAAACAUGUAGGGAAAAUAUGAAAAAUAUGCAUUUUUUACCGCCAGAAUAUGGAUCAGCCGCAUCGACGACCGCCAUCGAUAUCUACUCGUUUGGCAUCUGUGCGCUGGAGAUGGCCGCACUGGAGAUCCAAGGGAACGGAGAUUCGGGUACGCUAGUCACAGAUGAGCAAAUCAAACGCACUGUCGAGAGUCUUGAGGAUGCCCAGCAGAAAGACUUCAUCAUCAAGUGCCUCAGUCAUGACCCUGCCAAAAGGCCUACCGCUAGAGAAUUACUAUUUCACCCGCUGCUGUUCGAGGUGCACCCGCUGAAGCUGCUCGCCGCCCACUGUCUGGUGAAUACGUCAUCAAACUACGACGAGAUGCUGCAGAAGCUGAACAAACCGGACAUCGUGUAUGCCGAGGUACGGCAAGUCGAGUUCCACCUGGGCGCCGUGACCGGUGCGAAAAAUCUGGAAAAGUUUGUAGAAGAUGUAAAAUACGGCAUUUAUCCACUGACUGCCUUUUCGGCACAAAAACCACCCGCUUCCCGACCACGAGCAAUAUCGCCCGAGACUGCAGAAUCGGUCAAAUCCGCCACGCCCGAGCCGAUCGACGUCGAAACUAGGAGAGUUGUGAAUAUGAUAUGUAGUGUUAAGCCGCGAGAGGAAAACUGUGAACUAUUUAUGACAAUACUAUUAAGGAUGGAUGAUAAGAUGAACCGACAGUUAACAUGUCCCAUUUCACCGGACGAUUCUGCCGUCGCGCUUUCGCAUGAGCUAGUACAUUUAGGGUUUAUUCAUGAGACGGAUCGUGAAAAACUAGCAACGAUGAUAGAGGACACGUUACGAAACAAACAACAGCAGCUGCUGGGGGCGGCCGCCAAGCUCCAAUCGGCAGCGGCUCAGGCCGCGGAACGGCUCGGGUCCACCGAUGGCGGAAGUGGUUCUGCUUCCUCGGUCGGAUCGUCCGAUGUUGGCUCUAUCAUCGGUCCGGCGACUUCCACCAACACUUCCUCCGGUAGCAAUCAUCUUCUUCACCAUCAUGUUCCUGCUGUAAAUUCGGCCAGUCUGGAUCGUGGAUGGCGAGUGGCGGAUGUGGACUCCCCGCUUUUGUUGACAACGAUGCCAGUCAUCAUGGAAACAUCUGGCGUUAGCGUUAACAGUCUAGAUGCGGAAUUGUUCGUCAAUUUGGACGAUGCCGAAGAAGCCCAAGAACAGCAAGAGGAGCAAGAGGGCGAUGACGACGGAGACCGGGAGCUGCAGGCCCUCGAAGCGGCCAGUAAGGGUGAACUGGAUGAAGAACCGAUACACACGCCGCUUGGAGAUUUCAGCAGCUCAUCAACCAUCCGGCAGGCAGCUCAAAGGCCGUGGAACCGCUUUACCCGAAAUGCUACUCUGCCGGAUGGGGAGGCAACAGAAAACGAGCAUGAUACCGGGUAUCAUCAAUCAGAAUCGUACGAGGCAACUGAGUGAAUGUGAGCUUUCUUCCAAAGAAUAAUUCUAAAGGCUUGAGAUGUAGGGGUACGGAGAGAGCUAUAUAAACCAGUGUUUUUAAGCGAAAUAAAAAGUCCCAACUCAUUGAUAUUCGAUGAAACAUAAACAGCUGAACCGUCGACAAAUUGCUUCUGCAUUUUCUGCAUUCAAGAGUUGUAAUGCACUCUGUACUACGACUCCAAACACAUAAAUUUGCACAACAACAUGCACCUAGAACGCAAAUAUUAAUGAAUAUCUAAAGAAAUUUAAUUUCAAUUUAGAAAAACAUCUCAGAAUAACGAAAAACAUGAAUUUCUUUGGUUUGCUUUAUGAAAUUGAGCUCCCAAAUACACACAAAUAAACUAGAUAAAGCUGGUUAGUUUGAAGUUUCAAAUGUAGGCGGUUUUUUUUCUCAUCUACAAAUUUUAACAUACCUUCGGCUGAGUUACCAUGCAACCACCUUAUUGUUUAAUGUGCUGUUAUUUUCUUGAAAAUAGGAAAAGAUAUGUACAUAGAUGAACAAACAACAUUCGUUUAAACUCAACAGAAUUUUCAAUCUUCAUCUUUUUUAAUAUGAUUUUUGAAAAGAAGGAAUUAGGUCAAAUGAUAUUUGAAAAAAAAAACUAACCAGUAUCUCGGAUAUCUUUGUAUUUGAACCUUGUCGUUUUAAUUUUGGCUUUAAUUAGAUAGUUGAUUAUGUCAGCAUACAUUCAGGAUCAAAAUGCGAAUCUAUGUGUUAAUGGAACUGUAAGCAUAAACAGCGAAUUGCCAUAAAAUUGUACUAACGAAAUAACAACAAACUAGGGAAGAAAACAAGAUUUUACCGUAAAAAUAGCAAACAGUCAAAUUAUCGUAUCUGACAAAUCAGCUAGCAACAAGCGAAUUGAAACAUAAAACACAUUUUACAUAAAAAAAAACAAGAAAUCAUCGACGGCUAAGUGAUUGAGUUAAACAACUCUUACGAUUGAAAUAUGCAUCGGAAAAUUGCACUUCAUCUUGGUCAGAAGUUUGACCAAAUACAAAUCGAAAGGAUAGAUACCAACAAUCUUAAAAUUGUCUUCGCAAAAUGCAAAACAAAACCAAUAAACUCACCAAGAACGAGAACAAUGGAAUUUGCUCUCCAGAAUAUCAAAAAUUAUAUGAAAGUAGGAGAAGCGCACAGAAUCGUGUAUCUAUCAAAUUUAAGAGCAAACGGCGAGCAUGAUCAUAAAAACGUGGUUAUUCAAAUCACAUUAGGGCAUGAAAACAACCAACUGUUAAAGUACUUGCGCUUGCUAGUCACCAGCAGCAGCUACAGUUGAAAUAAUAAUCAAAGCACAGAACAGCGGCCGACUCAAUAUAGCGGUCCAGAUUUGGGAGAAAACCUUCCCGGACGGAGAGACUGGUUGUUAUUUGUCGUUGCACACGCCGGCCGUCGCUGUUUCGAGCGAGAAACACGAUAGCGUUGAAAGGUGAUCGAGAAUAUAAUAAGAAAUAGGGCAAAGCUAGAAUCUGUUGUGCGUAAAGACGCGCGAUGGGUAAUGAUGCUACGGACUGAAAUUUAAGAAAAAAAAACCGGAAAUAAAUGUGUAUACAGGAAAGGAUGGACAUAUGGGAAUGAAUGCAAUGCGAAAGCGAUCAAGAGCGAGACUAAUAAUAAAGUAUGCAAUGAAUCGGGAUAGAUAAUCCGAAAUCGGCACCACG